AAUGUUUUAAGCAGAGAAAGGUGCUAAUGCUAUCCCUGGAUACACAGGGUAAUGAUUCUUAUUUAUUAUGAUUAGAUUUAUACCUAGUCAAGACUAUGAUCAAGAUUUAUUACAAAUUUAAGGCAAUAGAAAUCACAUUCCAAGUAUUUAGAUUAUGAUUAAUCUCCAGACUACGCAGGGUUUGUUCCAGGCAUUAAGUCAGAAAACCUAUUCGGAAAGACUUUCGGAAAAAUUACUUUACUUUCCAGCACUCAUGAACAUCAUAGAGGGUAUAAUCCCAAUAAUUAAUUCAAGAUCUGAUUUACCUGCAGACAUUAGGUACAAAAGCGAAGUGAAAGAGGCUUAUUGUGAUCAACGAGACUAAAGGGGAAGAGAUAUUAAUCUCUAUGGCAAAUUAGACUCAGAAACAUCAGUAACUGUUAUAUAUGCUAUUUUCCUAGAAAGCUCUUGCCUAUACUCUGUCCAAUCUGACCCACUUUGAAUAAACUAACACUCUUCCUAAAAGAAGUAAUUAGCUCUUUUUAUAUUCAAAGGUGACUCUAGGGAGAGACAGAGUAAUUUAACCUAUGAAGAAGCUUUACAAAAAUUAAAAUGA